AUGUCAAAUGAAACAGCGUCUAUGAGAGAAAUACAACACAACCGACAACUCAUUAUGCAAGCUCUAAAUAAGAACACAACAAACUUUUCAAACUAUUCUAAGAUAUCUGAGUCAUUGAAAGAAGGAAACUUAAAACUGACAUUAAACCCAAUGACAGACGAGUUUCUAUUUCAAGACACUAAGAACCAUACUGUUUGUAUAAAUCCAACAAAAGGAACUUUAAACGAGAAACCUAUAAAUGAACUUCUUUUGAAAGCAGAUGUUGACAACAAAGCUGACAAAACAUAUGUAGACGAUGCAAUAGCAAAAGAAGAAGAAAGAGCUAACAAAGCUUAUGCAACGAAAGAACAUACUCAUCCUGAACUAGCAGACAAAACAUAUGUUGACAAUAAAAUGUCAAGUGAAGUGACAAGAGCUGAAAACGAAUAUUCUAAAAAGACUCAUACACAUUCUAUAUCUGAAAUAACAGACUUACAAGAAACAUUAGAGACAAAAGCAGAUAAGGGAUGGGUGGCUAGUGUGUUAGUGAAGAAGGCGGAUAAGGAAUAUGUGGAUGAAAAAGAUAACGAAAUUAUAGAAAGGGUUGAAUGGUACCAUGAACUAGUGAUGCGAAAAAUUCCCAAACAUAUGGGGUUUCUCAUAUCCCGUCCCCUAUCGUUUCCCCAAUUCAAUUUUUUUGGAAUUUUAUUUUUUUUCCCGCCCAUUUGA